GCGACUCCGCCUACCCAUGGACCGCCGAGAAAGGAAGUGCGAAUGGUCUACAUUUCCUAGUUCACAGUGAGAGGCGGAGUUCGGCUUCCUUGUUCUCCUCGACUGCCCCCAGGCGGAGACUGGGCUCCGGAGGCCGGGAUUCCACCUCUUCCCGAGCCUGCAGCUCCGGCGGGGUGUUAACUCGGGCCAAAACCACAAUGCCCUCCAAACCCGACGUGUUGAGUCAAGAUGAACUGCGAAAAAAGCUGUACCAGACGUUUAAGGAUCGGGGAAUACUGGACACACUCAAGACACAACUCCGAAACAAGCUAAUUCACGAAUUGAUGCACCCUGUGUUGAAUGGAGAACUGCAGCCCCCGUCCGUUUCGGUGGAAGGGAGUGCCCUCUUAACCAGCGCUUCUAACUCUCUAGUGGCAGAUUACUUACAGAGAUGCGGCUAUGAGUAUUCGCUUUCUGUUUUCUUUCCGGAAAGUGGUUUGGCCAAAGAAAAGGUGCUUACUAUGCAAGAUCUAUUACAACUCAUUAAAAUCAACCCUGACUCCAGUCUCUACAAAUCACUGAUCUCAGGAUUUGAUAAAGAAAACAAAGGUUUUCUCCUGCACUUUUUAAGAGAACUGGCAGAGUAUCAUCAGUCCAAGGCAAGCUGUGAUGUGGAGACUCAGACAAGCUUGGCAUUUCCUGGCAAAGACUCUCUUGCGGAAAAGCUUCAGCUUAUUGAUCAUCAGUUUGCAGAUGCCAACCCUCAGCGUCCCAAGUUAGAAUCUUUAGAAAUAAAGUUAAAUGAAUAUAAGAAAGAAAUAGAACAACAACUCCAGGCAGAAAUGUGUCACAAGUUGAAGUAUUUUAAAGAUACUGAAGUAGCAAAAAUUAAAAUGGAAGAGAAAAGAAAGGCUGAGAAGGAAUUAGCCAAGUUUCGGAACCAAUUUGAGCGAGCUUUACAAGCCAAAUCUGAAGCCUUCAUUUCUCGUGAAAGGUUGGCUCUUGAGAGAAUUCAAAAGCACCAGGAGAUUGAAACCAAAGAAAUUUAUUCUCAGAGGCAGCUUCUACUAAAAGAUAUAGAUUUGCUAAGAGGCAGAGAAGCAGAGCUGAAACAACGAAUCGAAGCUUUUGAAUUGGCUCAAAGGCUACAAGAAGAACAAAAUAAAAGCAUAACUGAUGCACUUAAGAAGCGGGAGCUGAAUAUAAAGAGCAUGGAGGAGAGCUAUGACCAGAAGCUCAAGAAUGAACUUCUCAAGUAUCAACUCGAACUAAAGGACGACUACAUCGCCAGAACUAACAGGCUGAUUGACGACGAAAGGAAGAAUAAAGAAAAAGCUAUACAUUUGCAAGAGGAGCUCAGUGCUAUUAAUUCAAAAAAGGAAGAACUUAAUCAUUCUGUCAAUCGUGUCAAAGAGCUCGAGCUUGAGUUGGAGUCUGUCAGAGCCCAGUGUUUGGCAAUAACAAACCAAAACCACCUGCUGAAUGAAAAGGUGAAGGAGAUGAGUGAUUAUUCGCUUCUGAAAGAAGGAAAACUGGAGCUUCAGGCACAAAAUAGAUUACUCAAACAACAGGUGGAAGACUCCAGAAAUGAAAACCUGCGUCUCCUAAACCACAUUGCUCAGCCAUCUCCUGAGCUGGUGGUUUUUCAGAAAGAACUAAAGAAAGCAGAAAAUGCUAUUGCACUUGAGCAUAAAGAGUUUGAAAACCACAAGCUGGCUUUGCAAAAACAACUGCAAAGUGAAAUUGAACAUUCUGCACAGCUGAAGGCCCAGAUACGUGAUUAUGAUGAGUCCGUAAACAGGUUAACCAUACAGGUUGCCGAUUUAAGAUUGCAACUGAAACAAACCCAGACAGCCCUAGAGAAUGAAGUCUACCGCAACCCAAAGCAGUCUCUCAUCGAUCGUUCUGUCAGCAGACUACUAAGUGGCAAGACGGUGGUGCCUUGGAAUGGUGAUCUAAACGGGGAUUUCUUGAAAAAUCCCCUCAAACAGGAAAGGCUGAUGGCAAUUAUACCAAGGAUCACAAGUCUUCCAAAUGCAAGCACGGAGAGUAGUUCCCCUGAUUCUGACCUUGAGUUUGUAGUCAAUACCAAGAUGAGGGUGAAAGAGCUAGAACAAGAGGCCGAACGUUUGGAGAAAGCUUUCCAAAAUUACCAUCGAAGAGUUAGUCAACACCCUGCUAAAAGCCCUUUAACAUCCAAGAGCCCGCCAUCCCUGCACUUGGUAGGAACGCUCAAAAACAUCACUUCAGGUGCCCCCCAAAGACCUCCUUCUGCAGAGGACAAGGUUGUCUCCGAGCAGUGUGCGGUGGGCACACCUGAUGAGGACAAGAGCAGUGCCUCAGAAGCUCAGACAGGCAACAUGGCGUCGCGGCCAUGCCGGAGCAUUUCCUCCAGACGCCUCUCCUCUACUCCCCUUCCCAAAGCGAAAAGGAGUCUCGAUGAUGAAAUGUAUCUGGAAGGUCUAGCCCAAUCCCAUGCUGCUGGCCCCAGUCCUGGUCCCGACGGAAUGCCCCGGCCUUCACCCGCGGAGUCCAGGCACAGCCUUUCCCUCCAUCAGCUGCCCAGCUCUCCAGAGCAGGCCAGUCUUUAUCAGAAACAAUUGAAGCUUCAGGACAAAACUGAAUUUUCAAAUCCAGACAAGCCACCUUUUAAGGACAAUGAGGAACUUGAAUCAUCUUUUGAAUGUGCAGGGAGCACGCCAAAGCAGUUUGAAGUGAAUGUCCUCCAUCCUGCUGGCGACAUGCCUCACAUGGAUGCUGCCGCAGCCGCUGUAUCCUUUCACUAUCCAAGCAAAGAUCAGAAACAAAUGGGAGAACCGAAGGAAGAAGAAAAAAUAUGGGAAGAGCACAUGAGAGAACGCAAGGAGAGAGAAGAAAGAAGGCAGAAUGAGUGGCAAGAGGCUUUGGAAAGGGAACGAAGAGAACUAGAAAAACUGGAUCAAGAGCGGAGGAUGAUUGAAGAAUCAUUGAAGAUUGAAAUGGAAAAAGAGUUAGAAUUGAGUGUUGAAGAAAUGAAGGAGAAAGCUGUUGGUGAUGAAAAUCCUUUAGAGAAAUACAUGAAAAUUAUUCAGCAGAAUCAGGACCAGGAGACGGCAGAUAAGAGUUCAAAGAAAAUUGUCAGAGAAGGCUCAGAAGUGGACACACUGCCAUCUAGUGACAAAGACGAAAGUUUCACGGGAUUUUUUCCUGAAGAACCAGAUGACUUUUGGUAACCGUGUUUGCUGUCCAGCAUCUUACCCUAUCAUUUUUUUUUCCCUAUCAUGUAACUAAAGGGCUAUGAAUUCUCUGUAACAAGACGAAGUUCUCAAUAAACAUCAUGUGUGUAAUCCCA